AUGUCCGCAAGCACCGAACACAUUACCGCGUUGGUGGGAGCACUUCUGCUGCUUGGUUAUGUGCUUUUUCGACUGGCCCGGUCAAUCUAUCGCAUCUAUUUCCAUCCCCUCAAGAACUUUCCCGGACCACGCGAAGCAAGAACGUCUGAUAACUGGCUGUACCGCGUAACCAAGGAAGGGUCUCCAAAUGAGGUACUCGAGAACCUGCAUCGAAACCUGAACUGCAAUGCUCUCCGCAUCGCCCCAAACGAAUUACACAUCACAGAUACUUCAUUAUACAAGGUUAUUUACAGCCAGUCGUCACCAUUCCUCAAGUCCGCCGACUUCUACUCCGCUUUCAACAUUCCUCACACGCUGUUGACCGAGACGGAUGCCAUCGCUCACAAAGAACGCCGACGGAUGCUCAACAGUUUGUUUUCUCGAGCCGGAGUCCUAAAACUCCAGCCUAUAAUUCACGACAAGCUACGCCUACUUGGAGAUAAGAUUGAUCGGCUUUAUAAAAAAGGGCCUGUAAAUGUUUAUGAUGCUUUUCGUCUUCUGACAACCGAGGUGGUUAUGCAAUUUGCCUUUGCGAGAUCCGCCGACCUUAUUGGAGAAGAUGCCAAUGGCUUCCGCUCUUGGUUCUUGGAUGGUUUCGACUUGGCCUCCCAGAGCAUCUUCGACAUGCAGCACAGCCCAUGGCUGCAGUUUGCCGGCAAUGUAAUGCCACGACCAGUUGUGCGGCUUCUUAGUAAAGAGAUUGGAACGCUUCUAGACAUGAGAGAGUAUGCAGAAAGCUCGCUGCGAUACUUUCAGCAAAGACCCCAACUACCCGACCAUCCCGUUGUUUUUGACAACCUCCGCUCCCUUCCGGAUGUCCGUAGUAUCGACGAGGCCCAGGAUAUCAUGGUUGCCGGUGCAGACACGACGGCUUUCACCCUGACUACCGGAACCAUACACAUCCUAGGUAACCCUAAAAUCCAUGAAAAGCUUGUUGAAGCACUUGACCAAGCAAUCCCGAGGGGUGAAAUCUUCCCCCCUCUUUUAUCGCUCGAGAAGGUCGACUAUUUGAACGCGAUUGUAAAGGAAUCUCUUCGUAUUGCAUCGGCUGUCCCUGGCAGACUCCCGAGGGUGGUCCCAGACGGCCGCCGCCAGCCGCUGAUUGUUGAUGGAAAAGUGAUCCCGCCGGGCACAAUCGUCUCGAUUUCUGCCUAUACAAUGCACACGAAUACCGACAUUUGGGGCCCUGACGCUCGUGAAUUCAACCCAGACCGAUGGCUCAUACCGGAUGCGAAAGGAUUGGAUCAGUACCUUUGCUCCUUCUCUAAAGGCACGCGCAUGUGUCUUGGUCAAAAGUUAGUAUUCAGAUCUCCAUAUCGUGGUUGUCAGGCCAUCGGCUUAUUGUGGUGUAGUAUUGCGAUGGUAGAGCUCACAGUUGCGUUUGCUUGGAUUUUCCGCCGCUACCGCUUGUUUUUGUCAGAAGACUUUGAGGUCCCUGCGAAGGUGGAUAGAUUCACGAAUACCUACCUUGCACCCGGCGUCAAGGUCAACAUGGUCCCACGGGUUUAG